AUGUCUCGACGUGACAGCAAGCACCUUCAGGCAGUUGCCCUUCUCGAACCUAAGCUCGGUUGGCGUCUCGAGCCGCCUAUCCGUAUUGCGCCUGAUGCUCCUCUCGACGUCACCGUCUCCGAGUCGGACGCUGACUCUACCUGGUAUGCUGACUACUUCUAUGGGAGAGAGCAUAUGGAGUUUGUCGGUCGCUCGGAUGCCACGGGUGUGGUCUCGCUCUCGGUUAUUCAUGAGAACGCGGACGCCGACAAGUCGACACACAUCUUCCGCGCCAUGCUCCGCACCCUCGGUGGAGGCACAAAGCUGAUGACCGCGCCAGCCAAGACGUGCAUGGCCCGGUUCGGUGGCGUGUCUAAGAGCAAGAUCAUCAAGACCUUUGCACCCGAGUACGCCACCGUCCUCAGCAAGGCACCUGUCCGCUCGCGCUCCAUCCGCACGACACUGCUGUCGCUGGAAGAGUCCGAGAACCUGCCCAUCUGCUACAAGUUUGGCGUCCUCCUCGCCCGUGCCGGCCAGUCUUCCGAAGAAGAGAUGCUGGCCAACGAGUCCGGCUCGGACGACUUUGAAGAGUUCAUCGCCUUUCUUGGCGACCGCAUCCAGCUCAACGGCUACACAGGCUUUGCCGGCGGCCUCGACACAGCCUCUGAUCUCACAGGAGCCCACUCGGUCGCCGCCGCCUGGAAUGGCAUGGACAUUAUGUUUCACGUCUCCACUCUCCUCCCGCGCACCAAAGACCCACAGCAGCUCCAGCGGAAGCGCCACAUUGGCAACGACGUCGUCCUCGUCGUCUUCCUUGACGAUGGCGCCGAGACCUUCAACAUCUCUACCAUGGCCUCGCACUUUACCCACAUCGUCUGCGCCGUCCGCAAGGAUUGCGAGCUGACAGAGGCCACCGGCGAGACCCAUUACGCCGUCGAGUUUGCUGCAGAAGGCUCCGUCGCCUCCUUUGGCCCUCCCACGCCUUGGCCGGGCAUCUUUGCCAAGGGCGAACUCUUCCACGACUUUCUCCUCUGUCGCCUUAUCAACGGCGAGCGUGCUGCCAUGGCUGCCACCCCUUUUGCCGCAAAGCGCCUCCGCACCCGCCGCGUCAUGCUCGAGUCGCUGCUCGAAGACACCUCAUCGGACUCGGACUCGAUGGAGGACGUCGACUCCCGCCCCGAGGCCGAGAUCAAGGCCUCACAUCAGCGUCGCGCCAUCUCGCUCUCCUCCGGCACCUCGCCCUCGCGCCUCGCCGCUGCUCGCGCCGCAACUCUUGCUGCAAACCCAGAGCACACCGGCCUCCGCACCAUCCGCUCGCUCGUUGACGUCCAGGAGAUGGAGGAAAAGGUCAAGUCGGCAGAUUCGUCCGACUCGGACUCGGAUUCGACGAGCAACACAACGCCAGAGCCAGAGCCGGAGCCGGAGCUGGAGCCGGAACACUCGGCCUCGGCCGACUCCGUCUCAUCCUCGUCGUCAUCAUACUAUCCUGAUUCAUCCACCGCCCCUUCUGCCCUCGUCACCCUCCAUCCUGGUGGCGAGUCAGCCUCGGCCCAUCCCGGACUCGUGGCUCAGAUCUCGCGCGAGUCACUGGAUGUAGGCGCCAUGUCGCCGCGCUACUCGCGGGUGGUCACUCUCCCAGCGCACUCGGACACCGUCGACUUUGUUCACACUGCCCCACACAGCUCGCAGCAGGUUCUUGACAUUGCCAUCGGCGAUCUUCUCGAGGUCUUUGCCCUCACCGUCGAUCCAGCCUGGGUUCUCGCUCAUGCCCUCGUCGACUUGCCGCCCGACGAGGGCGCCCGUCUCUUCCACGCCACCGUGAUUGGCAACGUGCCCAAAGUCGUCAUCGAGCCCGAGGCGGAACCCGAGCCCGAGCCCGAGCAUGAGCCCGAGCCCGAGCCAGAGCAUGAGCCCGAGCCCGAGCCAGAGCCCGAGCCCGAGCCCGAACUACUUUCCGAGCCCGAGCCCCCGCUUCCACCGCGCUCUGAGCUCAUUGCACGCAUUCUGGGCCUGCAGACUGCCAUCGACCAGCGGACUCACUAUCUCGGCCAGCUGUCUGCGCUCAUCGACCAGCGUGCCGCCGUCGUUGCAGCCAACCCGGCGUCAACCGAGGCAAUUCGCCAACUCGACGACCGUGUCACCGCUCUCCGGUGCACCCUCCGCAUCCAGCGCGAGGCUGCCGCCGCAGCCAAGCACGGCGCAGACGCCAUGUCCGCUGCCCUCCUCCGCAUGCGAGCCCAGCUGGAUGUCCUCCUCGACGCCGUCGACGGCAGCGACGGCGAGCCCGACUUUACCCCGUACGCCGACACCGACGCCGUCGCCCACCAUUGA